AUGGCGUCUCUUUCAGCUCUUCCACCGGAAUUGGCUUCCCAGGUCUUCCAACUCCUCGAAGCCGGGGACAUAAUCAGCCUCAGUGUUACUUGCAAAUAUUGGCGAGCUCAAUUAGCGCCAGACAUCUUCCGGGCAAUUCGCCUCACCAACGAUGAGAGAGUUGCGCGGUCCGUUCUGAGCGCCGUCGAGGCUCACGGCCAGUACACAACUAGCAUCGAGUUCAAAUCUCGUUGCGGCCUCAAUGCUGAGUUGAUGCCGCCCGCCCUCCCGCCAGCCGCAGUCAAAGUCUUGCAAGGCCAUCUCACUCCGAAUUUAAAGACUGUCAGUAUCAACUUUGAUUAUGAUUAUGGCAGUGAUGAAGCAUGGGAUACCUUGGAGGGGGGCUCAAUAUAUGUAUUCCGAGACGCGGAAACCGAAGAAUACAUUCGAGAGAGGGAAGAGGCAUGGCAGUGGCGGGCUCUUAUGAAUGAGACUUGGCGGGCGCUGGCAGCCAAUAUGCAUGUGAGAGAGCUUAUCAUCGACAACUUUGUUACCAAAUGGACGUCUGCUUUCCGCACACAAGAGUUCCGUCAAUUUCUCUCCCGGCUUGAGUCUGCAAGCUUCGACUUCCUCGGCCUUGAUAACGGCGCGGGGUGGAGGACUAAUACAAUGGGGGGAUAUCUAGAGUUCAUUUCUGAGCUGGAUUCCUCUUUUUUCCACCACAUGACGGGACUGAAACACCUCACAAUCAUUGCCUCUGAUCCCAUCGGCCUCGAAGGGCAUAACCACACUCCGCUUGCGCUCAACCCGGGAGAUCUUCCACUGCUGGAAUCGCUCAAGAUAAGACGUUGUUUCGUCGGCCCGGAGUUGGUUUCAUUCAUAGAGGAACACGCUCAAGUUCUCAAGUCCCUCGAUGUCAAGGAUUGUGUCAGUGGGUUUAGCACUAACCCGGCAGACUUUGACUCGGCGGACGAUGGCAUAACGUGGGCCGAGUUUUUUGAUGCAGUCUAUGAGGCGGAGCCCGCGCUUACCGACUUGAAUGCUGGAUUUGGCUAUCUCCGGAAUGAAGACGAACUCGAGCCCGACUACCGGUUUGAGGACGAGCCUGAAAACUUCCAGGAGAUUCGCCGGAAGCUCAAGGCCGACCCAAGCUUGCGGUGGCUGGUAUACGGGUACAUAGACGACAAGUAUGGCUGGCUCUGCCUACAUGACGAGGCAAAUGACGAGCAGUUUGGAAGGGGCAAGGACCAGAUGGCUUUUAAUCGACUCAUGGGCCUUGUGAUUGAGAACGCUGCAAAGGCAAAGCAUUCACUUUAG